AUGUCUACCGACAAAAUCACCUUUCUUUUGAACUGGCAACCAGCCCCAUACCAUAUCCCUCUCUUCUUGGCCAACCAAAAGGGCUACUUCAAGGAGCAAGGUUUGGACGUGGCUCUUUUGGAGCCAACUAACCCAUCUGACGUCACGGAAUUGAUUGGUUCCGGUAAAGUUGACAUGGGUUUGAAAGCCAUGAUCCAUACUCUGGCUGCCAAGGCCAGAGGCUUCCCUGUCACUUCCGUGGGAUCCCUAUUGGAUGAGCCAUUCACCGGUUUGUUGUAUUUGGCCGGUCGCGGUAUCACCGAUGACUUCCGGUCCCUAAAGGGCAAGAAGGUCGGUUACGUUGGUGAGUUCGGAAAGAUCCAGCUGGACGAAUUGACUAAGGCCUACGGAAUGACCCCUUCUGACUACACUGCCGUCAGAUGUGGUAUGAACGUUGCCAAGUACAUCAUCGAGGGCAAGAUCGACGCCGGUAUCGGUAUCGAGUGCAUGCAACAAGUGCAAUUGGAAGAGUACUUGAAGCAGCAGGGCAAGCCCGUUACGGACGCCAAGAUGUUGAGAAUCGACAAGUUGGCCUGUCUAGGCUGCUGCUGUUUCUGCACCAUUUUGUACAUUUGCAACGAUGAGUUUUUGGCUGCUAAUCCAGAAAAGGUCAGAAAGUUCAUGAAGGCCGUCAAGAAAGCUACCGACUACAUCUUGGCUAGCCCAAUUGACGCCUGGAAGGAGUAUAUCGACUUCAAGCCAGAAUUGGACACCGACAUGACUUUCAAGCAAUACCAAAGAUGUUACGCUUACUUCUCUAGCUCUUUGUUCAACGUCCACCGUGACUGGAACAAGGUUACCGGUUACGGUAAGAGACUAGAGAUCUUGCCAGCCGACUACAAGGCCAACUACUCCAACGAGUACUUGUCCUGGGCAGAACCUAACGAAGCUGAGGACCCAUUGGAAGCUCAAAGAUUGAUGGCCAUUCACCAAGAAAACUGCAGAGACAACGGUGGCUUCAAGAGAUUGAACGUUCCAUUGAAGGCUUGA